GUUAGAAGGUAGAAAACGGGCCGUCCCUCAUCCUGCCAGUCUGCUGCAGGUUGGUACCAACGCCAAACCUGCUCUGCCUGGACCGACGGCUCUGCAGCCCUUUGUGUCACGGCUGGAGCAGAAUGAAGGAGGAGAACCAGAACCCAGAACCGGACCUCCAGAACCCAGAACCGGACCAGCCAACUCUACACACCAGCCUCCAGACCCAACCGGGUCUUUCAGUUCAGGAACAGACCGGCGCUCUGACCUCACCGUCUAAAAGGACGGCUCGUCGUCAGACUGAGCCGCUCAGCUGUGACCAGUGUGGAGCAAUUUUUCCAGUCAAAGCCAAAUUACAGAGACAUCAACGAAUCCACACCGGAGAGAGACCAUUCAGCUGCAAGCAGUGUGGGAAGUCUUUUAUUGAUAAAGGAACCCUUCACAACCACGAACGGCGCAUUCAUCAGGAAGAAAAGCCCCACAGUUGUGACCAAUGUGGAAAUAGUUUUGCUUUGCUUUGCAGUCUGAAAAUCCACCAAAGAAUUCACUCUGGGGAGAGACCGUACAAGUGCGACCGCUGUGGGAAAACCUGUCGGCAGAAAGGCGAUUUACUGCGUCACAUUGUGACCCACACAGAUCAGAGAUUGUUUAAAUGUGAAGUAUGUGGCAAAGCGUUUAGUCGCUCAGGGACCCUGGAAGGCCACAUGAGGACACACACCAAAGAGAAACCGUACAGCUGUGAUCAGUGUGAGAAACGGUUCAGUAAAAACUUUGGUCUGGUGAGUCACAGGCGAUCCCACACUGGAGAGAUGCCCUACUGGUGUGAGCUCUGUGGCAGGCGCUUCGCUCACAAGUGCAGCCUGAGGACGCAUCAGAAAUGUCACAGCAACCGAGAAGGAGCCAUUUUGUUUUUAAUAAAUUCUCUUUGAGAUAAA